AUGCCUCGUAUCGUCCAUAUGGAUAUCAAACCAAGUAGUGUGUUGUUGAAUUUGGAUUUCCAAGCCUUAAUUUCUGGUUUCAGGUUUGCUACGAUAAUCACUGAUGGGGAAACACAAGUGACUAGAGAUGUUGUUAAAGGUACCAUAUGCUACCUCGCACCAGGAUUUAUGUCCGGUAAAGUAAAUGAAAGUUGUGAUGUUUAUAGCUUUGGUAUCCUCCUUCACGAGCUAGCUAGUGGAAGAAAACCAAGUGUAGAGUUUGUGAGAAGUAAUUUAGUGAAAUUAUUUAUCCAAGACUAA